GAGCCUCCUUCCUUCCUCCUCCUCUUCUUUUUCGUCGGCAGGCCCGGCGCGUGAGCCGAGCUCGCGCCAGCGGAGGCGGAGCCAUCUCUCUCUCUCUUGAGUCUGAGGAGAGUUGAAGGCAGGAAGAAAGGCAAGAGGAGAGGUGGAGAAAGAGGAAGAGACAGGCAUAGGGAGAGGCGCUUCCCACCCGUGGGGCCCACGCAGGACUUUCUUUCUUCCUUCCUUUCGGGGCGCCGGGCUUGCUUCGUCCCUCCCUCCCGCGUCGCAUGUCGUUGCCUUGGCCGAGCUCUGCUGCAGCGUCGAGGAGCCAAGCAGCAGUAGGCAAGGGCAGGCGGGCCUUGCAGCAGCAGCAACAGCAACAGACGGCGGCAGCGACGACAGGGGAAAAGCCGGGCGCCGGCUCCUACGGCUGUUGCUCUUCUGGUCUACUACUGUGUCAAAGUCAACAGAAUUUAACAGAAAGCACGAUUUCCCCAAUUGCUGUUUUCGUUUGUGAUAGAGUUCACCUUGACCAGCAAAACCUUGAAACUUUGGAGGGAGAAAAAAGAUUUAAUUUUUUUUGGUAUCUAAAAGAUGUACCAUGGAAUGGUAUCAACAAAGGGCACCACAACAUCGCUGCUUACCUUGAUCAGUCAUGGGAUUUUUUUCCCACUGGUUAUCUUCAGUACACAUACGGUGGAAGGGCUGGACUCAUCAGUCUGUCCACAGCCCCCGGAGCCAGAGAAUGGAGGCUACAGAUGCCACCCAGCACCCUGUAAAGACCCACUGACAUCUGACAGUGUCAUAGAAUAUUUAUGUGAGGAAGGCUAUCUGCUGAAGGGGGACUACAAAUAUUUGACCUGCAAGAAUGGAAAGUGGAAUCCAGACAUGGAGGUUACCUGCAGGCUCAGCCCAGAUAAAGAUUCACCUCCAAGUGUAGGAGUGCCCACACUAUCUAUAGUGGCUUCCACAGCAAGUUCAGUAGCUCUUGUCCUUCUCCUAGUUGUCCUGUUUGUUUUGCUGCAGCCAAAGCUGAAGUCCUUUCAUCACAGCAGGCGUGAUCAAGGUGUUUCUGGGGACCAGGUUUCUAUCAUGGUGGAUGGAGUUCAAGUAGCUUUGCCGUCCUAUGAAGAAGCCGUCUAUGGCAGUGCUGGGAACUGCAUACCUCCCUCAGAUUCACGAGUACAGAUUGUUCUUUCAGAAGGAGCUGGGCAGAGUGGAGCGGGAGAGAUGCAACAGCCUCCACCAGACCAUGCGGGUCACAACUGCUUUGAUAGGGAGGAUGAAGUCCCUGGACACUCAGGACUGUGUGAAGCUGGCAGCUCUCACCACUCGGAGGCUGUCCUAGUGCACCAAGCUACCACCUCUUCCUGGGUGGCUGGGGCAUCUAGUAGUAGUUCUGGGCACAAGGAGGCACCAGAUUCGGAGAGUAGUGAUGUACAAAGCCUUUUGUCACUCACUUCCUCAGAGGACUAUACUGAUGAUAUUCCAUUGUUGAAAGAAGCAUGAGGCUUGCUGUGUUUGCCUAGCCUUCAGUUCAUUUUCUUCUUCUUGGGAUGGUGAGCACUCCGUGCAGGCUUUCUCCACCCUCAUGCGCUGUGCCCUGAAUACCUCCAAGCAAAGCACCCCUUAGCUGAAGACCCAAAGGAUGCUGCCAGGAUGCCUCCUUGAUGCGUCAGUGGGGUGUACAGGGUGUCAGACAUCCCCCAACCCUGCAUUCUUCCUGCAUUAAGCGGGGGCUUCAGUGAUAUUAACGGACUUAAGCUCCUCCUACCUCUCCUUUCCCCAGCCAGAUAUCCGAGUGUGGUCUCCGGAGAGCUGCUAUUUACUUGUGCCUUGCUCCUUCUCACACUGGCUUUUUGCAGCUUCUCAUGGGCCUUAUUAUCUUCUGGACUUCUGCUCAGAAAACAGGGCCAAACCAAACUUGCUUUGUUGGGUGCAGAUAGUUUACUUCCAUUUAUUUACUAUCUUAUGAAGGCAAGACAGAACUCCUCUGGGUGGGUGGCUAAGAGCAAGGGAAUUAACAAGAGCCACACACAUGUACCACACCCAUCAAGGAUUCCAGAAGCAUAUACAGCAUGAUGUACACAUUAACAUAUUAGGCAGUGCUGAGUAUGUGUCACCACUGGUCAACUUCAAAACAAACCUUGAUGACAAGCUUAGAAUGCUACUUUCUUUUUUGUUGUUGUUUCUAAAAGAGGGAAUGAUCUUUGAUUGGAAUAAUGCAUCUGUAUCUCUACACAUUUUUAGUUUUUAAAAAACUAGGUAAACCUUAUCUGCCUUCCCUUUCUCUCUUCCUUUAUUCGUCUUAAAAAGGGAUGGAAAUUGUGUGGCCCUCUAGAUGUUGGUCUGUAACUGCCACCCCACUCUAACCAGCAUGGCCAGUGAUGAGAGUUGGGAGUUGCAGUUGAAUAAUACACAGAGGGACACAUGAUUCCCACCCCUGAUCUAGAACUUCCUUCUCUGAACUUGGUGUAGGAUCAGUCUAGAUUCCCUGUUUCAAUGCAAGGAGAUUUGGGUGAUUCCACUGUAUUUAGCUGGGUCUGAGCAUACCUGCAUGACCAAGCCCAUGUGGGGAGUGAGUGCUGCCCUUCCAAGGGGAGCCAUCUGUCAGCAGUAUUGUGGGUUUACCACGCACGAUCCAAAGCCUUCCACUUCCAUGUUUAAGUGUUUGUUUUCUUUCAACUGGCUGUAGUUUGGGGUAUACUGGGCCUGAAUUGAGAUGGUUAUAUAUGACCAUGCCUAUGCUUGAACCGCCAAGAUAAGAGUGUGAUAUUUUAGCAUUCUUACUUUUUGGUACCCCUCCUUGUAGAGGCAGUGCCAGGGUGUGUAGUACUUGGUCUGUGUUAUGUCUUCCGUGUUCUGUCAAAAACUAGUCAUUAAAAUUCCCACCAUUAGCAAGUAGUUUUUUGUAAAUGGCAUGCCCAUAUUGCCUUGAAAGCAUUACAGUGAUAGUCUGCCUUAAACUUUUUGAAUGGAAAGAGCCAUGCUGCUCGUUUGUCUGAAGGAAGAUCCCUCCCCUCUUUUUCCCCCUUUUGCUUUGCACACUUUCAGUUGGAAACGUCUUACUAUGCAGGGAACAUAUUUGCUUGCUUCUUCCUCUUCUGAACAAGUUUGCUUUUGUUCUUCUGAAUCUCUCCAUCCAUGACAAAACAUUUAGUUUCUUGAAGGCAGUAUGGGACUAUAGAUUCUUAGGAGUUUUUUCUAGUGAGCCUACCAAAAUUUCAAAAUUUUGUGGGCUUUCCCAGAGUUUUCUAUGAUAAAGAGCAAAUUAAUUUCCAGCUCUCAUUUUUGCCCCGUUUUUAGGGAUUGAUGGAAGCAGGAAGACAGUGAGAAAUAUUCGGCAUAUCUAAAGAGACACUGGAAAUCCAUUGUAGAAAAACGAUGCUAGAGGUCAGCAUGGUGCUUACUGCUCCAUACCAUGCAUUGAUGAGGAUAAGCAGCUGCAUCAAUAUGGGGCCAUCUGCACUUUAAAUUUCUUCUAGCUUAAAUACCAGCAGAAUCUGAGUGGGGAACAGCUGGUGCCUCCAUGGACAGCUGCCCCAUUCUUUUUCGUCUUCUUUUUUGUGGAUGGACAUUGCAUUCUGCACAUGGUUCAGAACAGUUAAUUUAAGAUAACUGCUCCCUGAAAUCUACAGUUAGCAUGCCCACAUUGGCUGAGGAAUUCUGGGAGAUGUAGUGUAACAGAAAACUCUUUUCCAGACUUUCGAUUUUACACAAGCUCGAGACUUUACACGUACCAAAUAGGCUUCAGAAGCACAUAUGGAAUAUAGAAGUAAGCAUCCAGAAAAUGGUAUCUUCUAUUUUAAAAACAAAAAGCAAAGUUUAGGUCAGGAGUUGGGAAAGUGUGGCCCACAUAUGUCAGAAGCUUUCCACAGCCCAUGUUUUUGCAGAGAGCCUUGCAAAUAUAUGGGACAUAUAUCUAGUAAAAUGUGAUAACUAAACUCCCUAGUGGUUCUGAGGAAGGAAUUUAGAACUUUUUGCCAUACUUAGCAGAAGCAAAAUAAAUUACAACAACUAAUUAAACAGAGAGCAGUUUUCUUGCUUUUGAUACUACAGUGAGGUCAAGUGAAUUUUAAUUCCCUUUAUGUCUGGUAUUUAUUACUGUUAUUACAUUACAUAUAGACCCAACCUUGGCAAAUCUUAGGAUGCACUUUGAGAGCCCUAGGUGUAGAGCAGGUGACAUCUGAUAAAUAUGAAGUUUCAUUGCAAAGGGGGGAUGGGAUAGGUUAUACCAGUACUUGGAGAGCAUGGCACGUGAUGAAAAUAAUAGCUGUGGCUAUUUCUGCUGCCUUGGAACACACUGACAACGGUAGAGUUAAAUGUUUUUGACAAGAUGGAAGUGUGCAAAAAUUCUGGGUGGCUGUUAACCCGAGGAAGAUGCUGAUCUCUUCUUAUUUGGAUAAAAUAGCUGGAUGGACCAAUAGCACCACUUUUAAUUUCCUUUCCUCAUUUGCCUGUGGACAGUUCAUAAACCUUUGUUGUUUACAAUAUCCUUGAAGUAAUUGGGUGGCUGCAUCUGUAGUAUUAUCAGAAUAAUCCAAGAGCAAUCCUUCAGUUGGAAAGCCUGCCGCCCAACACUGCCUGAUGCUGAGGUGCCAAAUUACUUCAGCUUACUACUUCCAGCCUUGCAUAUUGGGAGCCAAAUGCUACAAAGGCACACUUUGUGCCCAGCAGGCAUCAAAUCCCACUUAAGCUAUGUUUGUGUGAUUUGGGAAUCUGGGUCUGUUUCUGGAAUUUGGAUUGUCCUUAAACUGGUGGAAUGAGUGGUUGCUGUGCCAUGUCAUGCCAUGUCAUCCUUGCAUCAACCCAUGACGCUGCCUAAGACUGCCUACCUAGCUCAGUCAUAUUUACUCAGAGUGGAAGAGUUAUUUCCAAGCUUUAAAAGAGAGGGAGAGAACAAGAGAGAGAAAUGAAGAUUUCAGGAGUUGAACACAGGACUUCUGCAUGCAUCGAAAAGUAAUAUUUUCCCUUAUUCUUCCUCCCACUUUCUGCCUAAUUGAGAAUAGUUCCUGUUUGCGGUUUAAUGCCGUGCUAUUUUUCAUUAAUGGAUGCAGGUGAUCAUUUACCAACUGGCUAGGUUCAUAUGCUGGUAAACGAUGACUUGGCAAAGAGUGAUUUCUUUGCUCCUCCUUUUGCUGACAUUGGUUUUAUUGGUUUAUAUAAGAACUACAGUAAGAAAGCAAAACACUAAACCAUCAGCAUGACUUCAAGACAAAAUGUGAGGCAGGAAAAAUGGCAAGUAAAUACUUCACAGGAUUCCUACUAACAUGGAAUUGUUGUAUCCCAUUUAUAUUGCUUCUCUACAACCAAUACCUGCCACAGACUCUGGAGUACUUUGAAAGAGAUCAAUAAAUAAAGAAUUUGGGACAUGAUGAAGUAACUAGUGGUGACUAGAGGUGCCUUGGCAUUUGCAGGAAGUCUCAAUGUCCUUCUCUUGUGGUUAAAUCUGAAAUUUGAGAGCUCCUGCAAGUCAAAACAACCAGCAUUACCAUGUCCUCUUUUAGUCAGGUCUGUAGUCCUCUUUUAGUCAGGUCUGUACUGUAAAUAUCCUUUCAUUUACAGUAUAUUAGGUGGAGAAUAAAAGGUUUCUUGAGACAUACUUGUUUUGCGUGUUUAAAGUUACGCAUUUCUCUUUAUGGCAUGGAUUCAAGGUAUGUCUUUAAAGACUAGAACUAAGAUGGAGUACAGUGGACAUGGGGAAUUGGACAAUGUUAGAUGCUCAGGAGGCAGACUUAUGUGUUAACUACCUUGUAGGAUUAUUUCCCACAAUACAAUUUUUUCAGACUGCAGAUCUUUUGCACAAUUUUUCCUAUACUGUUUUGCCCAACUUCUCUUUACCUUUAAUAAGGAUAUAACCUGUUUUACUUCCUGCACAUCAUGUCUCUCACUUCAUGAGAGAUGUAGGUCUGUUUCCUUAUAAAAAUAUUACAUGAAAAGCAAGUCUCAAAACACUGGAUACAAGGGCUGCCAAACAUAGAACUUGAAAUCAUUUCUUAUACACUCCAUUAAUUUUUUAUCAUGUUCUUGAUGAGAGAAGUUUUUCUUUCAGGCACCACAGUGACCAUUUUUUUUUAUUUCAUUGUUACCAUUGGUAUUUAUUAAUGUUGGGUGCAUGACUAUCACACCAAACAAUGUAGUUAAAAUUACUAUUUUGCAUGCAUAGUUUCCAAAACCAAAGAUGCUCAUGUUACCUGUGCUAGAGCAAAUGGGACAUACACAAGUGAUGUAUGCAAUGUUAUAUCUUGGUUUUUGUAAGGAAGAGCGACUACCACCAAUGAAUUUGUUGUAAUUUUGAUGCAUGUGUGUUGAGCUGGAAUUGGGACUUCUUUCAACAUAGUUAUUUCCCAUUGGACAGAUUGUAUUGCAACUCUGGAAGUUUUCAAAUACAGUGUACGCCAAAAGCACUCUCAUAUUCAGAAGCAUCAAAGAUUAGCCACAAAUCAAAGGCAGUUUACUCAUUCCAUGGCAGGUGUCAGUGGCCACUGUCAUAUUGUGACAUGUGUUAGUGGUCUUUAAUCAACGAUUGCCAAAGGUUACAUAUUCCAUUCCCUGAGCAAAGACACAUACAUUUCUUCACAAUUCAACAACGUUCAUUGCAUUUACAGCAGACACUGGGCCUGUGCACACAGUGACAGCUACUGCCAUGUGAAUGUUUUCAGUUUCUCUUAUUAGUGCUUUUGUAGUACCAUAGUGGACACAUAUACAAGAGGCAGUGUAUGUUUUGUUUGGGGUAGGAAUUCUUUAAUUGGCUUGAUUUGUAUAGUGUGAUGUUUUAUGAAUCUCUUGUUUUAAAUGCCUCUGUCCUUCAAAUCUAGUUUGUUUCCAACAAAUGUAUUUGAUCACUUUUGAACUUGACCACCUCCGUCACUUUAUUGAGGUUCUAGCACUUGUACCAGAGGAAAUGUGUGCUGAAUACAGGUUUCUGCUUUGCUCCAGUAGGUGACCCAGUGAGAAUGGUUGUCUUGUUUCUGCUGGAGAUUUCACUGUUAGUUUUGCUUUUGCAUGGACGCUUACACAGUUCAGACCAAACACCUUUCCAAAUCAAUAUAUACAUGCCCUCUGUUACCCGCAGGCAGGCUGCAGAACAUUGGAGAUGCAGGAGAGCUGUUGGAGAUGGGGAGAACCUGGUUGCCUUCAGUGUUUUUUAUUUGUCCAUAACCUACGUUGCACCACUAUAAAAUUUAUUUGCAGAAUGGUACUCGUAUAUGUGGGAUUUUAAAAUACCAUAAUUAAUGCUGUGCAGGAUGUCAAUCAGUUUGAUUUUGCUUUAUUUUAUAUAUAUAUAUUUUUCUGGUAUCCUGUACAUUGCAGUGGGUGUGAAGAUAGUAUUUUAAUAUUUGUACAAAGUUUAAUUUAAUUUCAAUUGUUCUAUGUAUAUAACUGCAUUUCUAAAUUAAAAAAUCUUUUGAAAUGAA